CAGCCGGUGAUGAAACGCAAGCCCUGCCCUCCCCCCUUCUGUGAACUGCUUAUUCUUGAUAACCUCCAAGCACAUAAAUACACUGUCAAUGAACAGGGCCUCGGAAACCAGAAGUGCUUGGAGAGUUGCACCAUGGAGACACAGGCUUUCACAGAGCCGGGCAGCCCUCACAGUGAUGCAAGGACACUGCGAAACAGACGAUUCACCUGGUGCCUAGGGGCUUGUUUGGUCCUCUGGCUGCUGACCUUGCUUCCAUUUUUGAUAGCUUGCUUGCUUUUGCAUCACCAACAGUCGCCCAAGCCGUGCUGGUUUCAUGCAUCCUCUCCAGUCAACUCCCAGCCUGCCAUUCACUGGACGUGGGCACGGAACUGCAGCAGCUCUGCAAUUAAUGCAACCGAGUCCUCACUGGAAAUCCAGGAAAGCAGCAUGUAUUAUACCUACGUCUACGUCGCCUGUAAGGAAACUGGCGUUUCUGAGGAGGACCACUUCACUGUUGAACUGGUCACCAACUCCAACCAAGUUCUCAGCAUUCUCAAAGGGCCAAAUGGAAAACGUACAUUUGUCACCUUGGGAAGGCCUUACUUCCUGGACAAGGGGACAAGCCUGCACUUGAAGAUUAAUGAAAAUCUCAAGAACAUUGACGUCAACAGAACAUACUGGGGGCUCUUUAAAAUCUAAAUGGAGCAUCUACUCAUGGCAGUCUCCUGUUGGUCAAUAUCAUUUCAUGAUUUGGUGACAUGCACGAUUUCUCAGCAAGCUCAUUCUCUGCACUUCACUAUUUUUAUGUAUCAGGUGAUGGACAAAUCCUGACAUUAAAAUUAUCCCAGCUUUUGGCCCCACUUACCACCAGUCCCACAGGCUAGCUGAACAUUUGUUACUCAAGGGAAAAGGAUGUUGUAAGACUAAGAUUUAUUCAAGACCAUGGAGCAAGAGAAUACAUUUGACACAAAACCUGCACAACACUACCCAGAAUUCACUAGCUCACAUCCAAAGUUCUUGCUGCCACUGUUUAUGUCAGCUGAGACCAAUGUCCAUCUCAACUCAGAACUGUAGAUAAUCUCACAGUAGGUGUGGCUAUUACACCAACAGAAUACUAACUCCAAUGUCUCAGCAACAUCUAUCUUUGGUGACAUUUCACACUUCUAGUAUUCUCUAAAAGCACACACUGUGAAUGGAGCAUUCAGUAAUUUCUUACAAGUGCAUUGUAAGGUAGAUCAGUGGUAUUACUCCCUUACAUUAAGGGCAGAGCAAUUCUCUCAGAGGUGGGUUUUUUGUUUUGCAUUCUGCAAGGGGCUCCUAUCCACAGGAACAGUUUAUUAGACAUUUUAACAAAAUGGUACAUUUGAUGAUGUACUUCUGAGGUGGCUGAGUGGGGUGACAGGAACUCUACACAUGUAAGGUUACAGACAAGAUGUAAAAUAUUGCACAGUUUCCGCACAAUCAUAACUGAGGAAAUGAAUAGCUCCUUGGGAAUAAAGUUGUAUUAUAAGGCAAUA